CCGCACCUUCACCCCGACCCACCCUCCCCGGCGCAUCCCGAAGCCACCCACGCCAACUGGAAACGCGGGCCGGAGACGGCACGGCAGGCUCCGACCCACGCGCGCGACACAGCCCAGCCAGCCAAAGUGGAAGAGCUGCAACUUGGAAGGAAGCCGUCGGGAGGCUCGCGGGGUUCAGGAAAGGUGGCGGAGGAAGGGGAGCCUGGCAACUGCGGCAGCAACAGGAUCGCCCGCCCCACGAACGGGGAAAGAAGCAGCAACGGGGCGAGGAGAGCACACAUCCACCACUGGGAACCAGUAAACGGCCUGGGAGCCCCCCUCCGCAGCGGCAGAGCUGGGGGCCCCCACCCGCCCCAUGGAGCCGCCCGGGUCUGGUGCUGGGGGUGCUGCCAUGCUCACCGUCAUGGACCCCUCAGUCACUCUGUGGCAGUUUCUGCUGCAGUUGCUGGAGCAGCAGAGCAAUGGGCACCUCAUUGCGUGGACAUCCAACGAUGGGGAAUUCAAGUUGGUUGACGCUGAGGAGGUCGCACGACUCUGGGGGCUGCGGAAGAACAAGACCAACAUGAACUAUGACAAGCUGAGUCGGGCCCUGCGUUACUAUUAUGAUAAGAACAUCAUCCGUAAAGUCAGUGGGCAGAAAUUCGUCUACAAAUUUGUCUCUUACCCAGAACUGUCCAGCAUGGAGGGCAUGAAGGAUGAGGGAGGAACCAAGAGACCUGAACAGGUCCAGAGUGAAGCCAAAGUGGGAGAUGGGGCAUUUGGGACCCCCAAAACUCCACGUGGAGGUGGGGGUGCCCCACGCAGCAGCCGGAAUGAAUACAUGCGCUCUGGGCUCUAUUCCACUUUCACCAUUCAGUCGCUGCAGACUCCUUCGCCCGCUGGACGGGCCUCCCGCCAAGAGACAGAGCUUUUGUCUGUGCUGCCUCCUCCUGUUGCCCCUGAACCACUCCCCCCUGCUCUGGCCCCUGUGGAGGGUCUACCACAGUUGCACAUCAGCAUUGAGGAGCCUGAGGACUCUCAGGAGCCCCUGCAGGUAAUAGUGGAGCCCACCCCGUUGGAGGCUCCAGCCCUUGAAGAGAAGGUGCUGGUGAAAGUAGAGGACCUUGAGGAAGAGGCAGCCGCUCUGUUGGGUUUAAUGGAUGCUGAAGUAAAGGAGGAGGCCCCGCCUUCAGAGAAGGCCUCUCUGGAGAAGGUAUCCUUGGAGGCUGAGCUGCCAGAGGAGGGGGCCGGCUUGCUGAAAGAAGAAGCGCAAUCCCCCAGUCCAGCGGCCGUGUCUCUAGAGGGACAGCCCCAAAAGGGCAAGAAGCCAAAGGUCCUGGAACUACCUUCGUUGCCGACCCAGGAGAAAGUGAAUGCAGCAGUGAACAGUCUCCUGGCGCCUGGAGGGACAGGGAGUACCCUGACUCCGACCACCGUCAUUUCUUCCCAUGCACUGACCCCAGUCCUGCUUACCCCAAGUUCCCUGCCACCCACCAUCCAUUUCUGGAGCACCUUGAGCCCUAUCGCACCCCGCAGUCCGGCUAAGCUCUCCUUCCAGUUUCCAAGCAACUCCAGCUCACAAGUUCACAUACCCUCACUCAGUGUGGAUGGACUCUCCACCCCUGUAGUCCUCUCUCCUGGUCCCCAGAAGCCAUAACCUUUCCUCUCUGUAUCAAUCACUGUAUCCCUUCCUCCUGCCAAAGAACUGGCUUGAGUCUCUUUCCAAGCAGUUGAGAUUACUUAAGUGGCUAGACAGCUACAUGUCCCUUCAUUGUCUGGAGGAGGCCUUUGUUGAUCUGAGGACCAAUACCCUACCUGAGGGGUGAAAAUGGCAGCGUAGCAAGCAGAUUCAUCCACUAGCUUUGGAUGUGCUAGGACAUUCCUUUGAAGCUAAAUGGUGUCUCUCUUACACCCAGAAGUUUAUGUGCUGCACCCACCUGCUUCGGAAAAGUUUGAUAUAGCCCUUAAAUACCUCACUUGAGGGCAAAGGGGAUAUAACCUCAUCGAUUUGGUCCCCCCUCUGAUUAAGGGGCUGUCCAUAUUUAGUCCUGAUGUGACUGUAUAUGUUCCUUUCUGCAUCCUCUGUCUUGGUGUUCAUUGUCUCUUAAUGGCAAUGAUUUUGGGUGAUAGUCCAAGGUGAAAAGGGCCACUUUUCUCCUUCCACCCUUCAAGACAAACAGAAUAUCUCUCGCUCCUUGCUGAGGACUGGUUUUAACUAGGUACUUUAAAGGGUAGACCCUUCAAUGACGGCUGUAUAUAAGGGGCAGGAGAAGCUGCUGCAUCAGCCAUAUUUGUUUUGGCUGUUUGAUUUCAGCCAUGGAGGGAUGAUGAUCAGAACAUGGUGUGUAAGCUAUGCUUGUUUUGGCAGGGUGAGCCGCAAGCAAGGCUAGGCUAAGGAGUUUCAGCCAUAUUUGUUUGGGCUGGAUGAGAGUAAGAAUGUCAGUACUGGCCAUGUCUGUUGUGACUGAAAAGAGAAGAGGAAGCACUGUUGAUCAUGUUUCUUUAGACUUUAUGCAAAAAAGGGUAUUGGCAUAGGUCAUUAUUUCGCUUGGCUUGAUGUGGCAGAGGAUAAGCACUGGGUGGAUGUGUGUUUGCUGGGCAACACAGUAGGACGAAGCACCAGUCAUGUUCAGUCAUGUUCAGCUUUGCCAGAUAACGUUGCACUGUCAGCCAUGUUUGUUUUGGCGUAACAAUGUUGACCAUGUGCUCUUUGGUAAAUUAAGGAUAGUGAGUAUGGGCAGAUGUUGCUUGCAUUACUUUUGCAUAUGUCAGAUCAGAUGCCGCAUUUGACACAAAGACUACAGCAAAGGAAGCCCUGCUUUUGUCAUUUUUUUCUAUGAUGCACUUCCUAAAGGUCAAAGGUCACCAGUUCGUCAAUGUGGAAACCAGAGAAUAGAAGCUCUACCUACUGAAUUCAAGGGGAACUUUCUCUCUUUGCAGAAUGGUUUCCUUAAUUUAUUUCCUGACGAUCAGUGGUCACCACAGCAACGACCAAAGGGGAAGUCUCAACCCUCUCUAUUUUUGACUAUUUUCUUAUGACUUCAUUUCUUUCCUCUUCAUCAUGGAGAAAUGCAAGACAUUAGCCAUCUUAUGGGAGGAAUUUCCUUGCUGGUUGGUCACAAAAGAAAGCACCACCUUGCAUACCUCUUCAGUUUCUUCCAGCUCUUCAGCCGUGUGGAAGCAGCAACGACCAAGUCCCACCCUGUAUCCUCUUCAUUUUCUGUAACCAAAAAGGGCCCUUUCUGAAGAAACAGAGAAAUGCUUCUUUAUACAGCUCCUAACUUCUUUCCAGAUGCUCAGGUGCAUCAGAAGGGAAUUUGUGACUCUUUGCAAAAGGGCUGUGUCUUUUAUGAAGUGGGUUUAUAACUCAGAUCCUCAGAUGAUGAGAAUUUCUUCACAUGGUUGUGUUUUCUGUCAUUGUGGGGGUUUCCCAUAAGUAGUCAAAGAAAUGGAGGAGAGGCUAUUUCAGAAAUAUCAUAUAAUUCCUAAUCAGAAUUCCCAGCACCUUCUAUUUUUUCACAGAGUAUAUAUCACAGUUUUAUGUAUUAUCAAGAGAGUCAUACUGAGAGAGAAGUAGACGGUUUAGAGCUAUAUUUAUCUUUUUGUCCGUCCAUUUUUGAUAUCUAUUUUUUAAACUGUUGUGGGGUGGGGGCGGGGUGGAAAAAUGUGGUUUCUUAAAGCUAGAUGAGAAAGGGAAGCGUUUGGCUCCCCCAGUGGUGGUUUUUGUCAAUGGAAAGAAGACUGUCGGGCACUUUUUGAGAGCUGUGGUUUUCAAAUUGUUCUGAGAAACCUUGGAGUUUCUCGUAAUUCUUCAGCAGAUAGAUCAUUGUGGGAAGGAUUCCCUGGAGGCAAGAAAUGUUUGAAAACCCAGGUUUGUGGAGGAGACCAAGCUCUGAACUUGGGUGACAAUUAAAUAUGUCAGUGAAGACUUCAUGGAAAUUAACAGGGAUGGCUUCUGAGGACCAAACUGGCCGCAGUAAUGGUAGCAGAUCUGUGUCAGUGCUUGAAUUACAAUGGACUCCCUCAACCUUUAGCUAAAUAAUGGCCCCUAUAGCCUUCUAAAAAUUGUAUCUAAGGAGGAAGACACAAAAAGAAAGGUGAGGGACCCCCUGUAAUUCAAGCACAGAAUUGUGUCUCAGCCUGGAUCUGCCCCAAUCACAUCAAAAGCAGGAUAGGGGGCACAGUUUUAAAAAGGGGGAGGCACGUGGAUGAGAAAUAUGAAACUCUCAUUUCUCCAUGGCAUACCUCCCCACAGUCUGUUUCACAAGUUGAUUAUUUCUGCCUGCCAGCCUACAAUGUAGGGAGUGGAUCCUACUACACUAAAAUCACCUUGAGGGACAGACUGCAUGGAGAUGUGCAAUAGGGGAGAGUUUAGCAUCCUCGCCUCGAUGUCCCUCUUGCACUUAAUGCACCCCACAUACCCCAACACCUGCCGUGUGGCUAGGACAGAAUCUAGCCUGGCCAUGAUUCACUUAGGCCCUGUUCUAAAUUGAAAAGUAAUUCAGUUCCACAAGCUUAAUUUCUUUAGCUCUGUUGUGGUUGAUGGGGUAGAAUCUGCUCUUGCCAUUACAUGGAGUUAUGCCAGAUAAAAUGGCCUAAUAACAUCUGGUCAAUUGCCUGUGCUUUAGAAGGAAGCAAUGUUAACCACAAAGUCAUGGUUCAUUUUAAUCAUCCCUUUGUGUAGCAUUUAAUAGUAAUAAUUAUUAUACUUUUUUGCACUUCCAUAUUGCCUCCUCCUGGGAGAAAUCUAAGUGCUUUAUAAGGGGUGGUUUACAUAAUUAUUUAAUAAAUUAGGCAUUUUGUGUAAACAGCAAUCUGCAAAUCAGUCAGGUAUAGACCAUGAGUGUUACUAUGGACAAAUCAUGUGUAAACCAUGUGUGAUUUGUGUAUAAAGUAAGCUGUGCUUUAGAGCAAACUGUGAGCAAACCGUGCAUAAGCCAUGAGUAUAUCUUGAGCAAAACAUGUGGGGAACAGAAAUAAAUUGUGCAGAGUCUGCUGUACAGAAGGGGCUGAUGCAUACACCAGCAGCAAAGUGUGAGCAAUUGAAGAGUGAGCUAAGGCAAGAUUGUGUGUAACCCACUGGUUCUUCAUGAGUAAGUAUUUGUAAACAGUGGACUUGCUAUGUGAUUUCAUAAAUAACCUGUGGUUUAGCUCUAGCCAUUCUACAUGCGAACCACAGGUAAGCCAUGAGUAAACAAUCAGUAAACUGCAAAUAUUGUUCAUGUAUACUGUAAGUGAAUAUGGUUACACUUUUGAGUACGCCAUAUGCAAACAAUGAGUAGGUCAUGUAAGCCAUGAUUGACCUGUGGUCAAGCCAUGUGAAAAGCCUACACAGUGCUUAAACCAUUUGAGCCUGGUUUUCUCAAUUCAGUGGCUCCACACUGAGCCUCUCUCUCUCUCUCCCUCUCUCUCUCCCCCCUCUCCCCCCCCCUCUCCCUCUCUCUCUCUCUCUCAUGCAGGUGCCAUUGGGCGUGUCCCAGUUUUAUUGAGAGCACCCAGCAGAGUAGCUUUACACACUUUUUGCCUAGGACGAAUGGCCUCUUUGGCACUCUCCAUCCUGAAGCUCUUCAGGGUUGAUUGUUUGAAAGUCCCUGGGGGACUUGGGAGGGUGUGGCUCCCAGGAGCAAUCUGAUGGCACUGCAGUCCUAUGCGUUUUCUCUCUCUUCAACUUGUGCAGCUUUUAAAACUUUUGCGCUAGAGUAAAACAAAUUUUUGUAGCCAUAUAUUAGUGCUGACCCAUUUGACAACAGCAUCCCUCAUGUGGUGGCAUGUUCAAGGGGUAAUGGCAAAAGAACCAUAGAAUACAAUACUGCAGAAUACAAAUAAGAUACAUAUUUUCCAGAGCAUGUUUCCUUCUCAUUUGUACACUGGGAGAAAUUCAGUAAGAUCAGUGGGGCUGAAUUCCUUUAGAUUCAAAACAUGGUCAAAACUGGAAUGGGCUUAAUCUGUAUUCUAACCAGGAGUAACUUCAGGGCAUUUUAAUCAAGAACUUCUUACAGUUUAUAGCUCAGUCCCAUGCACAGUUAGGCAUGAAAUCAAUGGGUCAAAGUAGACAUGACAUAAAAUGUGUUAUUGCAUUUCUGUCUUUCUAUUUAUUGAAAAAAGUAGCCAUGGAGGCAGGAUCUGGAUCGAAACUAUGGUGCAGGGGGAAAGGGAAUUUAACUCUCUGUUCCUGCACCAUUUUCCUGACAAAGACCAGCCCCAUGAAGUCGCUGUGGGCUCCAAUGAUUCUGCAUUGGAUUGGGCUACUGAUGAGAGAAACUUUGUUGGGAUACUAAGAGACUGCAUCACUUGGCACCUACAUCAUGGUGAAAAUCAGGAGCAAUUAAAUAUAUAUAAUAAUCUUUAUUACGGUCGUUGACCAGCACAAAAUAUAUGUUCCUAUUCAUGGAGGGCAGGUCUUUUGAUGGCUACUAGUCUAGAUGGCUAUAGACUACCUUCAGACUCGGAGGCAGGAAUCAGGAUGCUUAUGAAUACCAGAGGUUGCAGGGGAGCAACAGCAGUAGAGGGGGCAUGCCUUCAUCUCUUGCUUGUGGGCUCCCCAGAGGCAUCUGGUGGGCCACUGUGUGAAGCAGGAUGCUGGACUAGAUGGGCCUUGGGCCUGAUCCAGCAGGGCUGUUCUUAUGACCAGUGUUCCAACCACAAGUAACUUUAAGCAGCAGUACUGCGAACACCAGUAUGAGACAAAAGAUGACCUCCUUGAAAGAACUGUGGAAGAAAGAAGCUGCAGUGGAAGUAGUGGGGUUACUCCUCUUUAUUUUUAAAAGUUUUUAGCCCUUUGACCUCACAUCCUCCUUCUCCUGCCCCGAGUGAGGGCCUGUACAUUAUACCCCCAAGGAUGCCAUUCUAGCCAUAGGCAGGACCGGGGGACACAGUUUGCCUCCAUCACUAUAUUAUCUCCAGCCACAGAACUUUACUUUUCCCCACAGGAAUAAAUGCCAGCUGUUCACUUAUGGAGGAGAAAGGAAAAGGGUGAAAUUGGGACACUGUUGUUGGCUGGGACUAACCUGCUCUCUAUUGCUGAUGACAGCAGCUUCUAAGAAUUAAGGCCUGUUCCUAUCCAUUAUGCACAGCCCUGCUCUGGGUCCAGUUUUUAGUCAGACAAAUGUGUGAUAAAAUAUUGGGAAGUGUCUUUUCUAUAUAAGAUUUCCGUAAUGCUGGUCAGAACAAAGUGCUUUGCCAUUCCUGAUAUUAUUUACCAUAAAAGCUACCUGUGAGCGGGGUAAUCAGAUGAAAAGCAGGACAGGAUGCUUGUAUUUAUGAGUACUGCUGGAUCAGGCCCAAGGCCUAUCUAGUCCAGCAUCCUGUUUCCCACAGUGGCCCACCAGUUGCCUCUGGGAUGUCCACAAGAAUGGGUGAGGGCAUGCCCUCUCUCCUGCUGUUGCUUCUCUGCAACUGGUAUUUAGAGGCAUCUUGCAUAUGAGGCUGGAGGUGGCCUCUAGCCACCAGACUAGUAGCCAUUGAUAGGCCUGUCCUUCACGAAUUUGUCUAAGCCCCUUUUUAAAGCCAAUAAGAACAUGUCUGUGUGGAGGAUGACAUUUUGGCAGAUGUAGGUUCUUAUACAGAGGUGUGAAAAGCUGCAACUGUUAAAUGCCCACUUCUGCAUAACUUUUAAAAUGGUAGAAGCCCUGUCUUCCUUUUCACCUGGUUGGCUUUGAGGCAGGUGAGCGUGAGAUACAGUGUAAGAGAUUUUUGACCUUUUGAUUAGGCCUUACAACAGUACGGUUGUCACUGUUUUUAUGGACAGAGGUUGAUGUACCCUUAACAGCAGCACAGAGGCAGCAGUUUCAUGCAGCAUGGCAAUACACUGAUAGGAAACUCUUCCGCAGCUAUUAAUCUGUACUUGAUUUACAGUGGUUAACAGCAUGGAACUUCUGUCCAUAUAAAAUGGACAACUGGAGCUACAGUGGCUAGUUGGAGGCUGCAUGGGGCUAAUGUGGACAUAGUUUUCCCUGCUUGCAUUUCAAAGGCAGCUCCAGAGGGGAGGCAAGGGGGAAUGAGUGUUCCCUCAGAUAUCUGUCCCCACCCCCACCCCACCCCACUUUCUGUUUCAGAAAUCUAAAACGUGGGACACAGCCCACAACUCAGUUUUUUCCUGGCACCACUACUGUCGCAUUUUAAAAACACAUGCAGGGCGGGCGGUGGCUGGAAAAUCAGCAGAGAUCUUUGUUACCUGAAAACCAUUGUCCAGGUCUCACAUAUAUGACUGGCAAAUUUCAAAGUGAGUCCAUGGGUAAGUGUGCCUGAGACUUGGAUCUGACCUUUCAGGAUGAAGGGCCAAUGUAUACAACCAAAAGACGCAAGUGAAAAUGAGAAAGAGACACAGUGGUUAAAAAACCCGCUUCAGCAAUAAUUGGACUGAAUUUGACAAAGGGUCUUGUGGCAUUUUAGAACGAACAUAUUUAGUGGGUUUAAGCUUUAGUAAACUACAACCACAAAAUCUGAUGAAGUGAGCUCUAGUUCUUGAAAGAUUAUGCCAUAAUAAAGCUGCCACUCUUCAAGAGUCAUAAGACUCUUGUUGCUGUCUUGCUGCAAUGAACUAACAUGGCUACCCCUCUGAGAGGAUCCAGGGGCAAAGCUUUUCCUGGAAUGUACAUGAGGAUGUAGAUGAGGAGGGCUGCAGAGGUGGGCCUCCCAUGAGGUCAGGUGACGUGCUUGCCUCAAGCGGCAAAUUGUCAGGGCGCCAAGAUCCCCUCACCACAUCAUCUGCCUCCUGCCACCAUGGGAGUCGCUCUUCUGUAGCAGUACAACCACUGCUCAGACAAGAGAAGGUCCUCCUCCUCCUCUCCCUUCCCUCCUUCACCGCCACUGCCUCCUCCUUUGCCCACUAGGCAGGCUAUGAAAGGGGGAAGAGGGCAGAAGAGGAAAUGUAGAGAGGAGAGUAAAGCAUUACUCUAGCGGUACUGGGGUAGAGUACUCUAGUACGAGAGUACAGUACUGCUCUACUCCCCUCUCUGUGUGUCCACGUCUGCUUUCUUUCCCCCUUUUCAUAUCCAUCCCAGUGUGUGGAGGAGGGUGCUCAUGUGGGCACAGUCAGUCAGUGGCAGCGGCUGUUGCUGCAGAGGAGAAGGAGGAGGAGGAGGAGGAGGGUGCAUAAUCAAGUUAAACAGCAGUGGCUAUUGCUGCCGAGAAGAAAGAAAAGGAGUAGGUGUGCAUGCGUGCAAGAGAGAGCUGGGGGGACAUUUCAUGCCCUAUCUCAGGCAUGCUGAGUGAGGUCUGUGGGCCACCACUGGAAGGUUGUCGUUUUGAAUGCUCUUCUGUGAAACAAACUUCCCUGCAUAUUCCCAUCAAGUAUGUCAGGGAGAUACCUAGGCUCAACUUUUCUCCUCGACAUGUUACAUGUUCAUCUGUAGAUACUUCCCCCCCAGGCGGGAGCAUUCAAACAUACACGCGCCACCACCUGCAGCCCAAAAUGGUACAGUCCAGGAAUUGUUUAUUUGAAUGGUUAUGCAAAUAAAAAUUAUUGUGUAUUGAAAUUCCUAUGCCUUCUCAUCCCUGGGCAUGGAAAGUCAGCCAAAAUCCUAAGAAAAUGUUCAGUCUCUAGGAAAAACCUCUCUUGAAAGAGUAGCACUAAGACCAAGUAGCAAGGUCACUUGUGAGAGCUGGUCUGGCUGGCUGACUCACAAUCAGGACUCUUUGAUUUGGGGGGCAGCAGCCACCCUGACUAGCUCUUACCAUCAUCCUUGAUGUUUGGCCUCUGUGGUAUCCUUUCCAGAGGCCACUCUCAAUUGAUCUUGAAAGGGCAGAACACAAGGCAGGAGUUGGCCUCUGAAGCACACAGGGCUUGAAUGGAGAAAGGGAACAUUAGCAUCAGCAUGCAGUGAAUCUCUAUGAUCAUUUAGGAUGAGGAAAAGGUUACCAUGUCAUUUUCUCACAGCAAAACUUUGCUGAGAAUGUGUGGCUGCAUUUCCAGAUUCAUGCUUGACCACAUCCUGAAGAAAUGACUCUAAAUCUGACCACAGUGAGCUACAUUCCCAAGAAAGCUUCAUCAAAAGAAUGAUAGGGGAAAGUGGUGGUUCCUUGCUCCUCUUAAAAGCUCAUAUAAUCUCAACCUCAGCAGCUCUCAUAUCACCUCCGAACCCAGUGCUACCUUUUACACCACAUAGGUCCUGCUUGCAGGCUAUGAGCCCGAGGGACUUGGCAUCAGUGAUUCCCAGAGAGCUCCAUCCCAUUUAUAGCAAGAACACAUCAUGCAGUACCUAGCACAUCUCUAUAGAAGGGAGUCACAGGUGCCCCAUUUUUGCCUUCCUCACUUGAAGAUGCUUCCCACUGUAUUUGGGGACUCUCCCGGUUUUGCUGGGUCUGUGCUGUUCAGGAUUUCUCUUUCUAUCUCAGCGGCACUACUAAGUGCCAAAGUGGCAGGGAUUGGUUGAAACACAUGGAAAGAACAGGGCAAAAUCCAGGGAUUAUUCAACACUUUUGUCUGAAGUAGAUACUUUACCAGGAUACUGCCCCUCAUAGUGGGGCACCUGCAAGAUGCCAACAUAGAUCUACUGCAGUUUCCUCUUUCCUGAUCUUCUCCAGUGUUGACCCGGUCGGUUCCUGAGAAAGGGGUGCUGGGGAUUUGUCCCUCUCUGGUUACCUCUGCACUGGGGCUUGAAUUCUGGUUUAUUUUUUAUGAUGAAUCUUUCUGGGAUCCUGCCCUGUAAAUAAAUUUAUUUUUCAACAAAA